GCGGUGCGGACGGACGGACUGACGAACGCGCAGCCUUACCCGCGAGGGUCAUGGCGGAGCACGCCCCUCGCCGCUGCUGCCUGGGCUGGGACUUCAGCACGCAGCAGGUGCAUGAACCAACUCAUCUGUGAACAUCUUCCUCUAGAGGAUCUUGGCUUUGGCUGUUUGGGGAACAAAGAUUCCUUGAGACAUGUAAAGGUUGUUGCUGUUGAUGCAGAGUUGAAUGUCUUCUACGAGGAAAGUGUGCAUUUUGACAGAGACCUUCCAGAAUUUGGGACUCAGGGCGGUGUUCAUGUGCACAAGGAUGGGCUGACGGUCACUUCUCCAGUGCUAAUGUGGGUCCAGGCACUGGAUAUCAUCUUGGAGAAGAUGAAGGCUUCAGGCUUUGACUUCUCUCAAGUCCUAGCCUUGUCCGGGGCAGGCCAGCAACACGGAAGUAUAUACUGGAAGACUGGAGCCCAGCAGGCACUGACAAGCCUAUCACCAGACCUCCCGCUACACCAGCAGCUGCAGGACUGUUUCUCCAUCAGCGACUGCCCGGUGUGGAUGGACUCCAGCACCACAGCCCAGUGCCGCCAGCUGGAGGCUGCCGUGGGCGGGGCUCAGGCUCUCAGCUGCCUCACGGGGUCCCGUGCUUACGAGCGUUUUACAGGAAACCAAAUUGCAAAAAUUUACCAGCAGAACCCCGAGGCCUACUCACACACGGAGAGAAUUUCUUUGGUCAGUAGCUUUGCUGCUUCCCUGUUCCUUGGGUCUUACUCCCCUAUUGACUACAGCGAUGGUUCUGGAAUGAAUUUGUUGCAGAUACAGGAUAAAGUCUGGUCCCAGACUUGCCUUGGUGCCUGUGCACCUCAUUUAGAGGAGAAGCUUGGCCCACCAGUACCCUCAUGCUCAGUUGUGGGAGCCAUUUCUUCCUAUUACAUCCAGCGCUACGGAUUUCCUCCAGGAUGCAAAGUGGUGGCCUUCACUGGGGACAACCCAGCAAUGACUUGUUUCUCGUCCAGACACCUCAUCUCCUUCCCUAGCCUCUUCUCUUCCUCCUCUUCUCCUCUGGGUAGUCCUGAAGCCACCCCUGGAGGGGCCCUCGGAUCUCUGAAGGAAGGCCAGGAUAAGUUCUCAAAGGUGGGAUUCCUGGAUCCAAGGCUUCUGACACACACGCUGCUGAUUGAACCUCAGUGGCAGUGUUUGAGUGCACCUGUUUCUCACUCCCAUUUCACCUUUACUCAUAUGUUCAUUCACUCAGCAUUUAGUGAGUGCCUAUUAUGUGCCAGGCCUUCCUUCAGUGCUGGGGCACUUCAGCAAUCAAGGCAGAUAAAGAUUGCUGUUGUGAGCCAGGUGUGGUAUGAGGCCUGGGUGGUGGUUGGCACCAUUCCCUGGGUGGGGAGGUGUGAGCAGAUCUGGCACGCAGUCUUGAGGACCCUAAGUCCUUCCACUAAGCUCUGGAAUGACUCCCUCCACUUUCCCAGGCUCUGCUGGGCAGCUGAGACCCCCAAGGACUCACCGACUCUUGCUGACAGCAGAGCCGGCUUUAAAAAUGGCUCCCUCAUGAGAGAGAAGAUCCGCGACAAGUCCGCGUCCCGUUCCUGGAGCAAGUUCUCUAAGGCACUGCAGUCCACAGAGAUGGGCAACGGUGGAAACCUGGGUUUUUAUUUUGAUGUAAUGGAGAUCACCCCUGAAAUUAUUGGAUGUCAUAGGUUUAACGCAGAAAACCACAAGGUCGCAGCAUUCCCUGGGGAUGUGGAGGUUCGAGCACUGAUUGAAGGACAAUUCAUGGCCAAGAGGAUUCACGCAGAAGGCUUGGGCUAUCGAGUCAUGUCCAAGACAAAGAUUUUGGCCACAGGAGGAGCAUCUCACAAUAGAGACAUCUUACAGGUGCUUGCAGAUGUGUUUGGUGCCCCGGUGUAUGUUAUAGACACUGCCAACUCAGCCUGUGUGGGUUCUGCAUACCGAGCUUUUCAUGGUCUUGCAGGUGGAAGAGAUGUGCCCUUUUCAGAGGUUGUGAAGUUAGCUCCAAAUCCCAGACUAGCUGCUACCCCAAGCCUGGGAGCUUCUCAGGUCUAUGAGGCCCUCCUCCCCCAGUACGCCAAACUCGAGCAGAGAAUCUUGUCUCAGAUCCGGGGGCCUCUGGAGUGAACAGGCAUCCCUGUUGCCCCUGCCUGCCCAGAUUUACUGACCCCACUUGGAGACAUGGCCCCGGACAGCAGGGAUCCACUUCCCUGUUCUGAACAGCUCUUCCUGCCUCUGCUGACUCCUUGGAGUGUCCAGGACCAUUUUAAAGCCGUCCUCAGCACAUCUGCCUGAAGAUAGAUAGGCACUCGUGUCCUUGUGCCCAUGUGCCCGUGUGCCCCAGGGCAGGAAAACAUCUCUCUUUUCCUGUCUUUUAUCCCAGGAGGCAGGACAACACUGAGACUGGGAUAUAUCCGAUAAAAACUAUGACUUUUCCCCUUGUAGAGGCAGAAUUAAAGCUAAUCUAGGAACUCAAAUUAGCAGAAUGGGGGAGACAAAGCCCUGUCUCACCCCCUAACCUCAUCCUGUCUCUUUCUCCAACCCUGACUCUCUGCCCACUCCUCCCCAAACCAUGACCCACAGCCGCCCCCACCCCAUAUCUUGAUCCUACCUUCCAUCCUCUCCCCCAAUCCAAACCCCACAGCCUCUUCUCUCCCACACCCUGCCCUCCUUGUUUCAGCUGUCUGAGGUGCCUCCCAGAGCCUCUAUUAUUUGCCCUAUGCUCACCCUCUCCAUGCUGUCCCCAUUCUCUCCUUUCACCAUCUGUUCUCUCCCCCUCCUUCAUCUCCUCCCUCCCCAAACUCACCUGGCAUAAUUCACAACCUCCCACCCAAACGGUGGGCCUGGUGGACGUGCUUCCUGUGCCCUCCUUGUAGCUGUGCCCACAGAUCACUGAGAGGGACCAUCUCCCAAGUGGCACAGUUUAGAACUUCUCUCUCUUUUUCUCCCUCAUUCCCUCUCUCUUCUUGCAGUCCACUUGUUGAAGAAGUUGUGUCAUUUCUCUGGAAGAAUUUCCCAAAUUCUGGAUUUCUUUUUUAUUUUGGAGUAUUUCAUCAGCUGAAAAGUUGUGAUUCUCACUUUGAGUUUUCUUCCUAUAUUUGUAUAGUGAGUUCCUUUUUCCUUCCUCUUUAUCCCUCCUGUUUUACUUUAUACCUCUCUAUUCCUUGCUCAAAUUAUUGCAAAAGCCUCCACAGAAAGUCCUCUAUGAUCUGACUCCUGCAGACUCUUCCAGAUUUUUCUUCUGCCCCAGGUCUUUACUGAGUUCAGGACUCCAGCUAAAUCAAAAUACUCAUGUUCUCACCCAGAGUGACAAAAUCCUGCAGAUAGGUUUAAGACUUGGUGGAUCAGAGCAGUAGCUAGUGGGAAGUUAAAAGGAAGGGGCUUAGAAAAUGAGUGGGAUCAAAGGCAUCACUUCUGAUGGAGAUGAAGCCAUCUUGAAAGGGAGUGGUGUCCUUUGGAGGCAUGGUGGACGAAAGGGGGCAAAGGAAGCAAGAGGUUAAAGAUAACGGCCUGUUAGAUACGACAGCAAGGCCAAGAUUCCAAAGAAGACAGACAACUCCCCCUAGAUGUUACUUUUUAAAGACAUUUUACAUUAUUGGCCAGCAGAAAAAGGCUGUCUUGGACCAUGAAACAGUAAACUGUAACAAAACACUUCAACAUGAAUUUGAAAAUAAAUUAAAUAAUUGUGGAUAUAAAAGGACACCAGAGAUCAGAGAUUCAAAACCUCAGAAUAAAAAUGAAAAAGCUACAAGCAUACAUGAGAAGAGAACUGACUGAACUUGGGAAAUAAUUUGAACAAAAAGAUAAGUCAUCACAGAUAUGAAUACUAAAUUAUACUAUAUCUUAAUGAAAAUAGAUAUGGUCACAAGUACAUUAAGGCACGUAGAAGGUAGGAGUAGGAAAAGCUAAGAGAAACAAAACAAACAAAGCAAUAUUAAAGGAAGAGCCAAAAAGACCCAGAAAUAAAAUGAUAGAUAAAGAAGAUUGGCAAA